GCCCCCACCACCACCAUCUCCCCUGCCUCUCCUCUCACCGCGCACCUCCUCCCCGGAACCACCGCGCCGGCCCGCCCCGCGCCGCCGCCCGAUCCGCGACAGCCAGCCCCGCCGCCCGGAGCAAGGAGGGCCAUCCUUCCAGACAGGCAGGCGUUCAGUAAAGGCAUGGCGCAUGACGAAGCUGUGGCUGCCCAGAAGACUGGGAAAUCAGGCUCACCUCCUAAGGAUCAACCAGCUCCCAGUCCAUAUCCUGAUUGGUCGGCCGUGCAGGCAUACUACAGUUCUGGUGUCAUGCCACCGACAUAUUUUGCCCCAGCCAUAGCUGCGGGUCAUCCACCUCCACCGUAUAUGUGGGGUCCUCAGCAUAUGAUGCCACCCCCUUUUGGAACGCCAUAUGCAAUGUACCCACAUGGUGGAGCUUACCCGCACCCGCUUGUGCCCAUGAUGGCAAGUCCAUUGAGCGUGGAGCCAGCCAAAUCUGCAAACAGUAAGGAUAAAAGUUCCAAUAAGAAACUUAAGGAAAUUGAUGGGUCUGCAGUAUCUACCGGCAGUGGUAACAGUAAAAAAACAUCAUCCAGUGGGGAUUAUAGUGGAGAGGGCUCCAGUGAUGUUAAUGAUCUGAAGGUGAGCGGGACUCCUAGGAAACGGAGCUUGGAUGGUGGAUUUGACGCAGAAGCAAUCGCGGCAGCAAGGAAUAAAGAUGUUGUAGCUUCUAGUCCGAUAAUUCGAAAUGGCGCAAUUUUGUCAAAUCAAUGCUUUCCAGCUCCAGUCAUUAAACCCAGUGUUACCAAUGUUGCUAAUUCAAGGGCAAUAGGCACACCGGUGUCUCCAUUGCCAGGUUUUACGGGUCCAAUUCAUACCGGAAUAUCAACUGAAUUAUCAUCUAAGGAUGAGAGGGAAGUAAAGCGUGAAAAGAGAAAGCAAUCAAAUAGGGAAUCUGCUAGACGGUCGAGGCUGAGAAAGCAGGCUGAGACAGAGGAGUUGGCCACACAAGUAGAAUCGCUUACAGCUGAGAACACGUCUCUAAAAUCUGAAAUCGGCAAGCUAACGAAAAGCUCCGAGAAGCUCAGAAUAGAGAAUUCCGCUCUAGUGGUGAAACUUAAGGGCACCGCAGCACCGACCAACGCAGAAAUGCCCCUGGACAAAUCAGCGGCAGCUGCUGCAGCAUCCUCCUCCCCUCGCAUCGUGGAGAAUUUCUUGUCGAUGAUCGACGACACAAGCAAGUCAGGUGUAAACAACCACAUGGAGCACAGCGAGCCCAAGCUUCGCCAGCUCCUCGGCUCCAGCGCGACAACGGAUGUUGUGGCUGCAAACUGAUUGAUUGAUCAGCCUCUCGCUGGCGCAGACUAAUACACCUUGCAUGCGGCCUGGGGUUUCAGCAAGCUCAUGCUGCUCACAUAACACAUCGGCGUGACAGUGUAGGUAUUUUUAUUUGGUGAGUAUAUUCAGGAACUCCGGCGGUCAUAUCUACUCCGUAUUCCGGUUCCUGACGGCUACUGUACUUUAGGCACUGAUGCUGAAGUCUCGGUGUGUCCCAUGUUUUCACUGUAAUUUUAAUUAGCAGUGUUGUAAUAUAGGGGUGUUGCGCUUCAUGCCAACCUUUCUAAAAACCUUUUGGGAUCUCUGAACGUGUGGUGCCAUACAAACUCAAACUGUGAAGACAGUAUACGCAAGAGGUUGUGGGAACAUAUACCGAAAUUAAGUGCUUUACUUGGACCCAUAA